AUUCACAGCAUGGCCCCAGACCCACAGAGAAUCAUCAAGUUACAGCAAAGAUACCAAACCACCCACAAGCCAUUGUGGUUGAGAGGAUCCAACUCGAGAAUGUUAGUGUACCCAUACUACGCUUUAUUUACCGUUGGUACCGUUGUAUCUUUAUACUACUCGGUCAGAGGAGUUUUGGGAAUCAAACCCGAGUAGGUAUGCUAGAAGCUAGAAAUGUACGUUUUACGUGAAGA